CGUUUAUUGAUCGAAGGUUGAUCGACGAACUUGGCAUUGAGGGCAUUCCACAUCCAUUGUGCCUGAAAUGGACUGGUGACACUACACGCGAGGAGGCCAAUUCGUUAAUGGUGUCGCUGCGGGUAUCAGGUGUCUACAGGGGAGCUCCAACAUACGAUCUUCAAAAGGUGCACACAGUGAAUGAGUUAUCACUUCCAGCACAAACGCUACCGCUCGAGGAACUGGCCCAGAAAUACUCACACCUAAGGGGCCUGCCGAUAGCUUCUUAUGUUGGAGUGAAGCCACGAAUCCUGAUUGGUAUGGACAAUAUCCACCUGGGAAAACCGUCACGGUGCGCUGAAGGGAGCUUUGACGAACCAAUCGCCGCAAAGACGAGACUUGGAUGGACUGUGUUUGGUCCAUGUGCUACACCGACAACCAUGAAAUACUGCUCACCACGAUGACGGAGAUUGAGAUGAUGGUAAACUCCCGGCCGCUGACCUACAUACCGCUCGAUGAGGACCUGGACUUUCCCAUAACCCCAAACCACCU